UAAGCUCGGUUAAUAUUCAAAGCAAUACACGCAUUAAUCCGCAAAAAUAUAUCUUACAAAAAAUAUUAAAAACGUGAUUUCAACUAAAUAUGUGAAUCCCUGCAAACUCCAUGCACUUGCGUUAUGACCCGUACUAUUAAUAUAUAAAACAAAAAAAAACGCUCUAAGUUACAAAAACACUGAUGUACACAAAGUAAACCUGUCUCACUCACCCUUCAACAUCAGUUGACAUCAACAUUAACGAAACACAAAAUGCAACAAUUAUUUACAGUUGAAUUUAUAUGAGUUUGCUUUGCACAGUUAUCCAAAAUUUUCCAUCGAGAUCGUGUGUGCAUAUUUCGUUCUAGAAAGUAAUUUUUUGCAAACGUGUCUGCUCUCGUGCAAAACAUUUUUUUUUCUUGAAAAUUGAUCCAUCAAAAUAAACUUUUCUUGCGAGGCCUAAUAGAAAUAAUGUAAUAAAACGUGAUUCCGCGCGUAAUGGAAUAAAAAGGUGUUUGACGCUGCUGGCGGGCCACUGGGGCUGUUUUUUGCUUGCCUAGGAAUCUCUGGAGCUCUCUUGCGGUGAUGAAACGCUCGAUGAACAGCAAGCGGAAAGGGAGCAGGGUGAAAAUUGGUAUUUUCAAGCGCUCGCUAACUUUAACAGAGCUUUGUACCAAUUAAGGGCCGAAAACCAUUAAGUGACAAGCGAUCAGGCCUCCGCAUCGAUUCGAGCCAACAUUUGGCGAAGCCAAAGACUGGAAGACUAACGUUUGAGUGUCGUGGGGUGCACAUCUCGUUUUGAGCUAAUCUUGUUUAUUUUUUUUUUUAAUGAUGAAAUGGACAUUUCAUGGUGCUUGUGUUGGAAUUUUAAAAGAAGAACUUGAUUUUAUGAAAUCGAACAAUAAAUCUUUUCGUUGUAAGAAAUGCUUUGCAAAAAAGAGACAGCUGUUCAUCUGCCCGACUGUGAGCAAAAUAUCCCUGCUGAUGACAAUGCACAAAGUUGCUCCAAAACCAAAAGUGAUGUGAAUGUGUCUCGCUCUCGCUCUAAUGAACUUGAGAAUGAGGAGAAUGUGUAUUGUAUACGCUGCAGAUGAUUUAUAAAAAAGUUUCGAACUUGGAAGAAAUAAAUAAAGAGUUUUUUGUUUCUCUAUCAGCUCUAAAAAAAGAGAACGAAACUUUAAAAACAAAAGUUCAAUUGUUGGAAAACAAACUGCACUGGCAGCAACAAAGUCAUUUAGUUAACUGUAUUGAAAUCACCGGAUUAAAUAAUGUCGACAAUAACAACUCGAAGAGUGUUGCGCUUAAUAUCUUCCGAGAUGCCUUGGGAGUUGAAGUAAAAGAGAGUGAUAUAAGCAAAUGUUAUGUGAAGCAAAAAAGAGGCAGUGAAAAGACUGAUAUAAAUAAAGAGAGCAAACCGAUAAUCUUCUUGCAACUAUCUAAUCUCACUCUUAAACAUCGAAUUAUGAAGGAGAAAUCGUUACAUAAACAGAAGCUUAACUCUUGGGGAGUAGACAGCAGCAACAGCAGCAGCGGCAAACAGCAGCUGUGGAAGGAGGCAAAUUUACAUUAACGAUGCACUUACAAAGUUUUCUCAUGCAUUGUUGAUGAAAGCAAAGGCAGUAAAGAAGGAGAAACAAUAAUUACGAACAAACAUGGACUCUUCUAAAAAGGCGUUACGAUGUCCAAUGUGCUCAUUGACGACCAUUUCCAAGCCAUUUUUUCUUUGAAAAAAAUAAACAUCGAAUCCGCAUCGAACCAUCUUCGAGCCACUUUGCUCAAUCAUACUGGGUAUAUUCUAGACAUCAAGUUCUUUUAGGCACCGCUCUUGUGAAUGUCGCUGAUAAAACAGGACGAUACCAAACAGCUCGAUUGCUCUUAGACAAUGGAUCUCAUCUAACAUUCGUAAGUGAAAAAUGUGUUCAAAGACUACCGUUAAGGCAAUCUCCACAAACAAUCGCGAUUAAUGGCAUUGGCGCCACAGCUGCUGGUAGCUCUAAUGGCGAAGUUCAACUUAAGCUCUUAUCAUCAGACAAUAGUUUUUCUACUACCAUAGUUGCUCAUAUUUUGCCAAAGCUUACCAACAUGCUUCCCUCAAUUCAUCUAACUCAACAAAACUGACCACACCUUCAAUAGCGAAAACUUGCUGACCUGCAUUUUCAAAACCUGCCAUCGACAUCUUGUUCGGAAAUGACGAACUUCCACACUUCCUACGCGUUGGUUUGAUCAAAGAUCCUAUUGGUACGCCCGUAGCACAACAAUCCACUCUUGGAUAGAUCCUCUUCGGCAAAAUAUUUGAUUCCCCUUCAAAUGUUUCAUCAUCUUUGCUUGAUGCACAUACUGAACCCGCACCUUCCGCUUUCAAAGCUCUACCCGCAUCGUUCGCUGUCAACGCAUCAACCGCUUCAAAAGCUGCACCCGCUUCACGUCACAACAGGAGCAACCGCAACAAAUAAUACAAUUGGAGCGUCCGCAAGAAUUAACACAACCGCAGCAAUCGCACCUCAACAACAACUAUAAACGCUCCUCCUGCUAUUUGCCUGUUCAGCGACACUGCACUUUUCAAAGCUGUUUCAAAAUUCUGGUAUAUUAAAACCUUACGCAACAGAAAACAUCUGACAAUUGAAGAAAAAGCCUGUGAAGACAUUUUUGACAACACUCAUUACAGCCAAGACGAUAGUCGGUACGUGAUAAGCCUUCCAUUCAAACCUGAAUGUUCUCUGGGCAACUCACGGCAUUUAGCAAUUCAGGCACUUCAUCGAAUGGAAGCUCUUUUUCGAAAAGACGAAUGUCUAAAAAGCAAACACAAACAAACUUCAUCCAAGAAUUCAUCGACCUGGGCCAUAUGGAAAAAGUGACGCAAUCACCUACUCUAGGUAAGCAUUACUAUAUGCCUCACCGAGCCGUAACCAAGGAUACAAGCACAACAACAAAGUUGAGAGUUGUGUUUAACGCCUCCUGUCGCACCACAACCGGAUUUUCUCUCAACGAUACGAAAAUGAUUGGCCCGCAGCUACAACCUGAUCUUUACAUGGCACUUAUACGAAUGCGAACUUAUCGAUUCGCUUUGACCGCUGACGUUGCCAAGAUGUACCGGCAGGUGAGAAUCAACCCUAAUCAAGUCGACUAUCAACGCAUCGUUUGGCGCAAUUCUCCCGAAGACGAUGUCGAAGAUUAUCGCAUUCUGACUGUCACUUAUGGAGUUGCGUCUUCGUCUCAUUUUGCUAUCAAAGCAAUCCAACAAGCAACCCUAGACGAAGAAAAAAACCAUCCUGUGCCAAGCAACGUCAUCAUGAACCACUUUUAUACGGACGACCUCUUAACUGGCAGUUAUUACGAAGAGGAGUUAAACCGCAUCCGAACUGACGUAUCCGCAAUUCUCAUGAAAGGUGGUUUCAGUCUUCGCGAAUGGUCUUUUAAUUCGUCGCUUGUCAAUUUCGUACCCGAAGAUCAACGUAAAGUUCUCCCUCCAUUGGAUUUCUCGGACGCAGAUGGCAUUCGAACUCUGGGACAUCAGCGCAAUUUAAGCGCAAUUAAUCAAGACUAUUAAACCAAUCCUAGAAACCAGCAUACGUGAUAUUUUCGGUUGGACUCGUCAAUUCCCCGGUAAGUGGUGCACAUUUGUAGCCAAUAGGGUUUCUCAAAUACAAGAGAUCAUACCAUCUGAAAACUGGUACCAUGUGCCAUCCGCCGAUAACCCAGCCGAUUGUGCUACGAGAGGUUUACUACCAAAAAACUUGGUUGAAUAUUCACUUAGGUGGAAUGGACCUCUUUGGUUGCAAAUACCACAGACUUCAUGGCCUCCGAAACUCAUUUUUUCCACCAACUUGGAUUAACGAUCUGAAGCUGUUCAUACUUCGGCAGUUGCCUACAAGACACCUGUGUGUUAUCUGGGGUGGAAUCGGCUAAGGUGAUUGUUGAUAAAUGACAAUUAAAAUGAUCGAAUUUGAUCUACAUAAGGUGAUAGUCAAAUUGAUCCCUAAAAAGCCGUCACAAUUAAGUGUGAUAGUCGUUUUCAAACAAAUAAGUUUAUUAUGAGUAGAGCUACCAGACGCUUAAACAAACGACUUGAAAAUGUUCUUAGUUCGCUUUGUUUCGUUAAAAAAAAGAAAAAAAAACAAAUUCCUGUGAAAGACAAAGCUUAUGACGUUCGAAAAACCAAGAGAGGUAAGAAUUUUAUUCAAACAGAGCCAAUUUCAUACCUUUAUUUACAUUUAGGGAACCUUUUUAGGUAGAUAUCAAUUUGAAUAUCACCUUAUGUAGAUCAAAUUCGAUCAUUUUGAUUGUUGACUCAAUUUUUUGAUGGUCAAAUUGACAUCAUUUUCAUUUCGUCUGUGUAAGAUGAUUCAACUCAAUUCAAUUCGAUUGAACAAUUUCAGAUUCAAAUUGUUAAAAUUCGUUGUUGCCUUGGUGAAAUUUUAAAUUGAUUCUUAUAAAAUAUCUAAAUAAAAGUUUCAAAUUGUCUGAUUUUGAAUAAAAUUCUUACUUUUCUUGAUUUUAUCGAAUGUCGUAAGCUUUGUCGGUCACAGGAAUCAGAGAGAAAAAAACUAAACGAGAGAACCAACUUCGACGGUUGCUCCCUUUUUGCCUACAAGCUGCGAUUUGCACAUAAACUUGCAUAUGUAUUAACUCCAUAUAAAAAAAAUGUGGGGAACGAAUACUUAUGCAAGAAGAUGUGCAUACUCCCCACAUUAAAAAAAAAUGGCGUCCACCUUCGAAAAAUGGCGGAUGCCAUGCUGUUCAGAGUUGUUCAAAGAAAAUUCAAAAUUGUGGAUGAACAAUUUUUUGGUAUUCUCAUUGUGUUACUUUGGGAGUAAUAUCAUUCGAAUAUGAAGUGAAAUUAAUUACUCUUGUUAGGUGCCAAAACAAUGAAGAUUUAGCAACAAUUGUAAAUUACGCAUUUAGAGAAAUAUUUGUUAGUUAUUUGAAGCCAGUUUUAAUUAUUAAGUAAGUAAAAUAAAUUAGGUGGUGCAACGGUGCAAUGAGAAUUAGGACCUAGAAACAUAAAACUCUGAAAGCACUUCAACUAUUAUUUGUUUUAUUAUUAGCUGCGUUUAUGCGUUUAAUUUUCGCUCAGACCGUUGAAAAUGCAAAAAAAAACUCAGAUUUAGUUCAAUUUUCAGAGUUCAUCGACUUAAUUUUGGCUGCGAGAGUUGCUGGAACAUUGACAACGACAGUUAAAGAAUGUAAACAUGGAUCAUUAAAAUAAAACAACGCAGAAACAUUGGAAACAUUUUUAUAAACUCAUCUCUUUUUUACAUUCCUAAUGUAUUUGUGUGUACUCGUUGUUUAUUUUCUUUAUGUUACCGACAUUUCCAAAAUGCUGAAAAUAAGUGAUUUAAGUAGAGACUAAAUAAAAACCGUAAACUUCUGUUGCCAAUUUUCAUCGCAUAAGAUUUGUGAAUAGGCGAUAAGCUAUGCUUUCCACUAAGCUAGUGUGCUGGGCUAGGCUUAACUACAUAUGUAAGCCGAAAAGUACUUUUGUACAAAAGUAAAAGUAUUUGUAUUCUCGCUAGUUAUAUAGCGACAAGGAAAAAUCUGUGAGGGAAAGUUCUAACUACAGUUUUUCUGAAAGUGCAUUGUGGGUUAUUCAUAGAUGUUUGCUAAACUUUUUAGGCUAUUCAUAAAUAAAUGCAAAUCUAAGUUAAGGGCUAAACCUGAAUAACUAUAAACAUAGAAAAUGCCGUGUUCAAGUAAUUAUUAUCGCAGCCAAAUUUCAUAAUUAAUUUUGUUGGUGUAUAAAACAGCUGAAAGACUCAUUCAUGACAAAUAAAUGUUACGUUAACACUAAGUUCCAGAAAAUAUCGAUUGAUACCGCAAUUACUGAAGAUAUGGAUAUUUUAUAUUAAUAUUCCCGGUAAACUGUAGACCUUUAUUAUUUCCACCUAUUAUAAUUAAUUCGAUGUUAAAUAAUUCAAUGCAGUAUAUUGUAGAUAAAACAACAGUUAAGUUAUUAGUUAAGGUAUUACUAUUGAAAUAAACAUAACAUACAUUCAUAAAAAACAUGUACUUGUUCAUAACAAAUAAAGUCUAGUCUAAAAAACCUUAACCUUGUUAUACACUCUUUCUGAACACAUCUUUUCUGGUUUUGGUUGUUAAUGCCAUCUAUCUGUAACUCAAAGAAAGAGAAAAGAAAAACAAAUUCACCACAAUCUUCCGUUUUAACGUUUACCGUAAUUCAUUGACAAACGAAAAUUGUUUGCUAGAAUUAAUUUGUGAAAACCAGAGAGAGAAAGAAAUAUCAAAUGUCUCGAUUCUCUCUGCUCUUCGAGGUGAAAACAUGUAUACAACUAUACACCGAUACGAAUUCAACACGCUAUAAAAAAUGAGAGUAAUAGAUUCCAAAGGGACGGAGACGAGGAAAUUU